UUUUUUGUUCGCUGGUGACAUUGACGAAGAAUUGCGAGCGAAUUUUCCUCAAUUCGCUGAGACUUUCUCUCCAAUGCGCUUUCUCCCCGUGUAACAGAAAUCACAAAAACAGAAAAGCGAACGAAAAUAGAACGGAAAACUAAGAAAUAAAGACGGAAGUGGCAAGCGCGCAUUGCAUAAAUAUUAGUUGGCGUGGGCGCAGUAGACAAAACAUUGACUUUCCACCGCUUUUCCUCUUAUUUCGCUCGUGUUGAUUAAAUAACCAGGCGGUGCCAAGUGCAGUUGUCAACCGAAAUUGGCCAAAAAUGUUUGCACUUUCUCGCCACGCACUGCGGCGCACUCGAUUUUUCGCAAUUAACCGCUACUUUGCAGAUUCACGUCAAGACAGCGACAAUCCGGCAAAGAAGUUUUCCGGGCAAGCGACAAUGGACAACAAGAGCGAGAAGGUUACGGUGAACAAGGAGGAGCUGCGCAAGCGCCUGACCCCGAUGCAGUAUCAGGUUACCCAGGAGGCGGGCACCGAGCGCCCCUUCACAGGUUGCUACAACAAGCAUUACGAGAAGGGCGUGUACCAGUGCAUCGUGUGCCACCAGGAUCUGUUUAGCUCGGACACCAAAUACGACUCGGGAUGCGGAUGGCCGGCCUUCAACGACGUCCUCGACAAGGGCAAGGUCACCCUGCACCGCGAUGCCAGCAUACCAGGCAUGGUGCGCACCGAGGUGCGCUGCUCCCGAUGCUCCGCCCACAUGGGCCACGUCUUCGAUGACGGACCGCCGCCCAAGCAUCGCCGCUUCUGCAUCAACUCCGCGUCCAUCGAUUUUGUGAAGAGUGCGGCGCCAUCGAAGGCCGAUCCGCCGACUGCCUCGUCCAAGAAAUAAUGACCGAUCUGUCUGCGCGCCACGAGGAAUAUUACAUCCGGAGGAGCCCCUCGUAGACCGGGAAGAUCUCUGUAGCCCCUUUCAACGGGCCUCUAAGGAGCUUCAUGCCUCACCAAAAGAUAUUUAGCUAUUUUAUAUAGGAGUUUAUUAUGCAAAAAUGUUUAACAAAAAACGAAGCUUGUACACGAGAACGAUGUUUGGAAAUGUAUUACGGAACGAGGAGUGAGAGAUUAGUAUUGUAGAUCCAGGAUCCCAUUUUCCUAUCUUUUCUUUCACCCUUUCAUCUAAGUCUACUCUGUUUCGGUUUCAAACCUGUUGGAUGGUGGAUAAUUUAGGAAUUUUAUAAAAGUUUAUGCGGGAAUCUAUAAUUCCUUGCUUUGGUUUCGCUUUUAUUUUUA